AAUCCAGAUGUUGUUUGUGUUUGUUGUUUGUGUUUGCAGGAUUCCUCCAAACAUCAGAGACAUCGUGUACUGCACCGGCGUGAGUCUGAUGGACGAGGACGUGUGGGAGUUCAUCUGGAUGAAGUUUCACUCAUCCAACGCCGUCUCCGAGAAGAAGAUCCUGCUGGAGGCGCUGACCUGCUCCGACAACAUCUUCCUGUUGAACAGGCUGCUCAACCUGUCGCUGACCUCUGACCUGGUCCCCGAGCAGGACGUGAUCGACGUGAUCAUCCACGUAGGAAGAAACUCGCAGGGUCGAAGCCUGGCCUGGAAAUACUUCAGAGAUAAGUGGGACGUGCUGAACGCCCGUUACGGUGAAACGCUGUUCAUGAACUCAAAGCUCAUCGGGGGAGUCACAGAGUUCCUGAACACGGACAAAGAACUCACUGAGUUAAAGGAGUUCAUCCAGUCCAGUGGUGUCGGGGCGGGGCCUGCGUUGCCGCGGGCGCUGGAGAUCGUUGAGGGCAAUGUUCGUUGGCAUCGCCUUCACCGGCGGCAAUUCUACCAAUGGCUGCGCAAACCUCAAAACUCCGCCCUCGGCUAACGCUUCACCAACUAGCUAGACUGAAGGGACUGCAAACUGACUGCUAAGCUAAUGCUAAUGCACUGCUAGCUUAAAUAUGCAGUCGGAAUGAAAAAAAGACUGACUGGAUCUUCAGCUGGUUACUCUUCUAUUUCUUUUUCUUUUAAAGAAAAUGUGUUUUCUAUUUUGUUUCAGACGCAUUGUUUGCUGUUAAACUGGUUUCUGCUGCUACAGACGCUGCUAACUAACUAGUUAGCAGUGACUGUUAGCUGCCAGCUAACAGCAAAAACAAUACAAGCUUAUCUCGAACGAGCAGUAACUCACGGUUAGUUUGGUUACUUCUGUUCAAAGCACAAUCAAACCUUUCUGAACCUUCCUGAUAAAACAGCCGGGAGCGUGACGCUCAUUUUGAUGCUACGCUUCAAAUGUGACACAGACGUCUCACUGCCACCUAGCUUAAAGUUUAAAGAACCUUAUUAGAGCCAAACUGACACACAGUAAAGUCAUACGCAUCUCUGAUUGGCCCAACAUUCAGUUAUUGUUUUCAUCCUAACCCUCCAGAUCUCAAACGAGACCCAGAGUCCUCUACGUGGACUCAGAGCCCUCUACGUGGACUCAGAGCCUCUACGUGGACUCAGAGCCCUCUACGUGGACUCACAGUCCUAUACGUGGACUCAGAGUCCUAUAUGUGGACUCAGUCCUAAACCUGGACUCAGCGUCCUAAACGUGGACUCAGUCCUCUACGUGUAGUCAGAGUCCUAAACGUGGACUCAGUCCUCUACGUGUACUCAGAGUCCUCUACGUGGACUCAGAGUCCUCUACGUGGACUCAGAGUCCUAUACGUGGACUCAGAGUCCUAUACGUGGACUCAGAGUCCUCUGAUCACAGUGCUCGGAGCUCAGAGGACUCUUUUCUCCCUCAUUAACACUGCACAACAUCCAAACUGCUUCAGCUCAGGGGGCAGUUUGAAAAGUAUCAGCGUGUUAUUCGAGGCUUCGUUGGCCUCCCUUAAAAACCUCUUUGAAUAUAUAAAAGCACAAACAGACCGCAGCAGCGUUAAUGUGCUCUCUUUUCUUUUUCAACCUGCAGACUUUGAACGCUCUCCGGCUGUUUGAAGACUAAACAAGAUGUUCCACAAUUUAGUCAAGGCUGUAUAGAGCAAAGGUUUUAUUACCUUAACGGGAAAAUGUUCAACGCAUUCAUCAUGCAAAUGUUCCAGCAUCAACAGGAAUAUAAAACAAUCAAAAACAUCAGUUCAGCCCGGCUCACACUGCAGGAGGUUUAAAAUCAUCAUCAACAGAUGUUCUAUAAUCUCUAUCUCAUCACAGACUACUGGACGCCAUAAAGUUUAUAGUGCCCGGUGGAGGAACGCACCACCUCACAUGACCUCACGUAAACAAUGGAGCCGUAGGUUAAAUCUGUGAUUAUAAAGCUUUGUGUAGAAAAACAUAAAAUACAAGUUUGUGUGAAGAAACGUCUGAAGAGACGACACAACACGUGUCGCCUGUUCUUCAGUGAGAGCUGGAGGUCAGAGGUCAGAGGUCAGAUUGAAACUGUCAGACGUGUUUCAGGUGUUCAGCUCACCUGUACACGUCUCUCGUGGUCAUUGUAGUCACACACGACUUGCUCCAGACACUUUCAUAACGUGAUCCUCAAGAUUUUAAAUCUGAUUUUAAAAACAUGUUUGAUAUAAACCGUUAAGAUCGGAUCGUUAUACGACUCGGAAAUAAUCUGGAUAAGAUAAUCCGUUCAGAGUGCCUCGAGUCGGGAACGACCUUGCGAUUGGAGGAAUCGGAGCUCAAAUCAGCCCGAUGAUCCUGCAGCCUGAGCCAGGCUUUAGGACAAAGGAAGAGGUGUAAAAACCAUAAAUUAAAUCAGAUUAAAACGAUGCUGAACUAAUUGAUUAUUUAUUUAAUUUGUAUUUUACUUUCAAAGCUAUAACACAGCAUCUCCACGCUGUCAUGCUUUGAUCCUGAAACAUUUUAAAAGUUACAGUUUGAGGAUUUAUUACGAUCGAACGAAAGUGUUGAUGAUUUCACAACAAACAUGGACUCAACACAAAAAGUCUCGCAUUGGAGCUUUGAGGCCAAACUUCUCAUUCUUUGGACGAUUAUUAUCCAUGUGUGGAAACUUUAAACGCUUCAGACAGAGCAGUGCUUCUCAACCUCUCUGUGUCACGAGCCCGGUUUUAAAAGCUUAAAUAAGCAAUUCUCUUGGAGGCUAUUUUUUGACGUUACUUUGGGUAGAAGUUGGGUUAGGGGCUGACUGCAGUCACUCACACAGCAUGCAGUCUGUGGGGUGGCGGCGUGCAGCAGCCAUCACGCAGUGAACCUCGUAACAGAAAUAUCAAACAGCUCUAUAAGACGAACUAUUUCACUGAUACAGGCGCUGUAAUGCAAAAACGAACCCCCGGUCAAAAAUAUGUAACUUAAAUCUAUAAAUAUGGUUUUUUCUUCUUCUCCACAACCUUCUGGCGACCCCCAGAAAUGACCUCGGGACCCUGACAUUGAGAAUCACUGCACCAGAGAACUAUCAGGUGUGCUGACGGUUCUCGACGGACGCUCUCUGUAUAAAUUGACCUUGUGAAGCUCGACUGUAAUUAGAACUUGUUUUAAAAUUGUGAAGAGAAUUUGUCUUUGAGAAAACCCAAAGUAGUCCAGGGUCUAUAUAAAUUACAGUUACCAUGGCAACCUUUCUGACUUGGAGAUAAAAGAAAGAACACCUCAACAAAUCUCUGUGGUCUCACAAAGCACAAACAUGAACGCCGUUUGACAACGGCGUCAGUUGCUGGAUGGAAGCAACAAACUUUGAGGGUUUUUUUUCUUUCCAGCCAAUCAGUGUUCAGCUUCCAAUCAACACUUUUUCCAACCUCAGAAGCGAGAAUAGAAGAGUGGACAUGGAGGUCUGUAAAGGAAGGGGGCCCACAGACGAGUCUGGCUUAUUGAGGCUGUCUUUGUAUGCAGACGAUGUGGCGUUUUCAACGGGACGCUCGAUAGAUUGUGUUCAAGUCUGCAGACCUGUAACGGUCACCGAGCGGUGGACUCCCCACAGGGACGGUGAAAGACGGUUCCAGCUUGAGGAAACGAACACGGCUCCGGACAUUUUGACAUAUUUUGAUGAGCGGGAUGUUGGACAGAUGUUACGGCAUGUUUGAAGAGAUUCAAAGGGGUAAAAACAGUAAAGGAUAUUACAGGAUGUUCCCGUGUUCUCUGACUUAAGAAAACGGUCCAGAACUGUGGAGCCCAAAGGAAGCGAGACAGACCUCGGGGAAACAUCGGGAUGACCACUCUAAAACCCCGGUCAAGCCUUUGGGGGCCGGACUUGUGAUGACCUUCUGGUGUGUUGAUCCUUCUGAACCUUCCUCUGUUAGGCUUUGGUGUUAAUAAUUGAGCCAUAAAUGAAUUAAUGGGCCUGCCUGCUUCUAUACACCGUGUGUCCAGUGCUGUGUGCGUGUGUGUGUGUGUGUGUGUGUGUGUGUGUGUGUGUGUGUGUGUGUGUGUGUGUGUGUGUGUGUGUGUUACGAUGUGUGUGCGACAAAGAUGGCGAGGAAGCAGCAGCAGUGCUGGCAAUGGUGACCUGGCUGUGCCUGUUGUGAUGAUGAUGACAUUCUUAACAUUAUUAUGAUUAUGGUCAGGGCAAUAACCCUAAUGUUGACGUGAAGAAGCUAAUUAGCAUCAUGAUAAUUAUUAUGGUAAUCGCUCGCCGUCUCGUCCGGUCGGGAAACAAACACGAAGUACACGAUGAGUCCAACAACUCUGAGAAUCCUUCAGAUUGCAGAAUUAGAGAAAAAAUAAUGGAGAAGACGAGGGCAUCCAUUUUGAUGAAAGUGAUGAUGAUGAUGAUGAUGAUGAUGAUGAUGAUGUGUUUGUACCAAAAUGUGAUGGAACAAGGAAGUGGCAGAGCUCCUACUUCCUGUUUGCACUGGUGUGGUUUCCUGUAUUUUCUGAUUGGGUGAUAUUAAAAUGUUAAACCUUGA